AUGACCAAAAUACACUACAUAAAAUACAUCGACGAAAUCAACUAUGCAAUUGAGGGAUUUUCAAGCGGAGAUGAGGUAUGCUCAUUACAAUCAAUCGCCAAGAUGAUGCAUGACGAGCACUUCAAGGCAUUCAUGAAGGAAUCCAGGUAUCUUAUGCAGGUUGUGCAGGCAAUGUCUCGUGCACAGACGCCAAGACGAUUCGGCAACGAGGCAUUGCAUAUAAUUGCCGAAGCAUUCAAUCCGUACUCGUUUGAAGACAUGAAUGUGCUGUUCAGCAUACUACUACAGAUAUUAAAUGGCUCAGCAUACAAUGAGCUCAUGCCUUUAUGGAUUACUUUACAGGCAAGCAAAAUAAUUGGAAUAAUGCGGAGGAUUCCAAUUAGGUGGUAUUGCAGAUAUACCGAAUGCAUGGAGCUUGAGCAGCUUGUUUUUGAAUUGCAGGUGCUUAUUGGAAAACGGGUUCUGAAGUGGAGCAGGUUUUUGUGCCUGGUAUUAUCCACAUGCUGUAAGUUUGUGCUUGAGGACAGGUUUGUGGGUAGAAUGCUUACAAGAAGGGAAUAUAAAACACUUGGGAUAUACACACAGUCUGAGGAGAAUGUAGCCAAGCUUGCGCAGAGAGCUUUUGUGAUGCAUAGGCUUGAGGAUGCAGUCUGUAGCGAGUUUAUCGGUAGAAACAGCGAGGUGAUAGACGCAAAUGCGAAUGGAGUGUGCACAUCAACAAAUGCUGUGGGAGUUCUGGGCCGGCUAGAUGUAUAUGAGAAAGCAAGCAACAGAAUUGGACGCGAAAAUGCAAGGAGAGAUCUGCUUGCAAUAGUGAUAAACUUGGGAUGCAUGGGUGUUCGCCUGGAUAUACCAUUGCGGCUAGUUGAAGAGAUGCACCGUGCUGCAGAUGGAGUCACCAAGUGCUACACCGCGAUGCUUCUACUUAUUUCACCGAAUGCUAUGGAUGAGCUGCCGUGGAUUGAUAUAGAAGAACUCAAAGAAAAUGCCAGGAGGCUUGAGCAUGUUACUGAGUGUUUGGUGAGCAAGACACAAUUGAGCAAAUUGAUUAGUUUAAUGGUAUAA